UCUCAUGCAGCGCAGUCCACACUACCAAUCUCGUAUCUAUCUUCGAUGGAAACUAUCGAAAGAGAUAAUAAUGAUAAUUUAUCAAAUGACCUCCAAGGUUCAGUUUACAAGUUAAUCGAAAUCAGAUUUAUUACGUGACAUGUCACAGCGCACUAAAGUUGUCGAGCUGUACAAGACGCUACUAUACAUGGGUCGAGACUAUCCAAAGGGAUAUCAAUAUUUCAGGACCAAGUUAAGGAGAGCCUUUGACAGAAAUAAGGCGGAAACCGAUCCCGAGAAAAUCGAUAAGAUGAUAGGACAUGAAUCUGAAAAAAUGGUCGCUUGCGUAGCAGUUAUCGGCAAGGAUAACUCGCCGAAAUAUAUCAAGUGUGCGGAUGAAGCUUCUGCGCUGCAAUUUCACUAUAAAGUACACACAUCCAUCGAUAUCAUAGAAGAGAAGUUGAGUGUAGGGAACAAAACGACUGUUGACACACGCGACUUGUAUCUAGGUUUGUUGUUUGCGACUGAAGAGUAUAAAAUAUAUGGUUAUGCAACUAACACAAAAAUUAAGUUUGUAAUAGUAUUACAAUCAUCCAAUGUAUCACUAAGGGAAAACGAUGUAAAGAUGACCUUUAAGAAGUUACAUGCUGCAUAUUCCAAUGCAGUUUGCAAUCCAUUCUACAUUCCAGGUGAUCAAAUAAAUUCCAAAUCUUUUGACGCAUCAGUGAUGGAAAUAAUGAAUGUCAUAUAAUAUUUUAGAUGUAUAGAAUAAGAUAUUUUUAAUUUAACCAAAAUAAAAUUAAACUACACAAUUAUAUUCUGUAAUAAGUCGGUCGUUAAUGAAUAAUCAAUCAAUAAAUGACAAUUGCAAAAGA